AUGGCCUCGCAAUCGAAGCUCCUACCCCCGGAGCGCACCUUCAAGAGCCUCAUCUCGAAAUUCACAGACCUGUACCUCCAACAUCGCACCAAUAUCUCGCGAACCGUCUACCUGACCCUGUUCUUCGCCCUGCUCAACCGCAUCCGCUCGGCCAUCUCAGAGCAGAAAGCCGCCGCGCAGCGACAGAUCGAGAAACGGCAGCGGGGAUCGACGGCACUGGGUCACGGCGGCGAAGGCCCGCCGAAGAGGCAGAAGGUCGAGCUGAACCGGGAAUUCUUCAAGAAUCUGUUCCGCCUGCUGCGGAUAUGUAUACCAGGGGUGCGCAGCAAGGAGUUCCGGUUGCUGAUCAGCCACACGGUGUUCCUGGUGGUCCGGACGCUCAUCAGUCUGAAGGUUGCGGCUAUGGAUGGCGCGUUGGUGUCGAGUCUGGUCAGGGGGAAGGGGAGGGACUUUUUGAUGGGCAUUGUGUGGUGGAUGUUGAUAGCUGUGCCGGCGACGUUCACCAAUUCUAUGCUUUCGUACCAUCAGUGCAAACUAUCCCUUCAGUAUCGAACGCGGUUAACGAACUACAUCCACGAGAAAUACCUCUCGAGCAUGACUUUCUACUCCUUGUCCGCCCUCGAUGACCGGAUCAAGAAUGCAGACCAGCUUAUCACUGUGGACGUUUCCAAGUUUGCGAACAGCUUAGCGGAACUAUAUGGAAACCUGGCCAAGCCGACACUGGAUAUGCUGAUAUACAACUACUCGCUAUCGAAAAGUGUUGGUGGGGAAGGGCUAUUUUUCAUGUCUCUCCUGGUCCAACUAUCAGCGAAUGUUAUGAGGGCGUUGACUCCGCCUUUUGGGAAAUACGUUGCGGAUGAGGCGAGGCUAGAGGGCGAGUUCAGAUUCGAGCAUUCGAGGGUGAUAGAUUACAGUGAGGAGAUAGCGUUGUACAAUGGGCAUGAGGCCGAGAAAGAUACACUGGACAAGGGGUAUUUCACUCUAAUUAAGCAUGUAAACUACAUAUUACGGCGCCGGUUUACGCACGGGAUAAUGGAGGAUUUCAUUAUCAAAUACGUAUGGGGUGCGCUAGGACUCGUCCUUUGCAGUGUACCUGUAUUUUUCAAGAUACCCGGGGCUGCGUCUCAGACGAUGGGAGACCGGACCGAAAGUUUCGUCACGAAUCGACGGUUACUGCUGUCUAGUUCCGAUGCUUUCGGACGGGUCAUGUUCUCUUACAAGGAGGUCACCGAGCUUGCUGGAUACACCUCCCGAGUCGCGACUCUAUUGGAAGUAAUGGAAGAUAUUAAAGCCGGCCGUUUCGAGAAGACUCUCGUGUCUGACGAUAACGGUGGCGAGCAAUUAGAGCUCAUGCGUGGCCGCGGGACAGUGAUUGAAAGCGAGGAUAUUGAGUUCAUCGAUGUCCCAAUUAUCACACCCGGUGGCAGCAUCCUCGUGAAAUCACUGUCCUUCUCCAUGAAGCGCGGCGACCACGUCCUCGUAGUCGGGCCCAACGGCUGCGGCAAAUCCUCGCUCUUCCGCAUCCUCGGUGGGCUCUGGCCCGUCUACGGCGGCACAGUCCGCAAACCACCCCUAACGCAAGUCUUUUACGUUCCUCAGCGACCCUACCUCAGCGCGGGCUCCUUGCGUCAGCAGAUCAUAUACCCCGACUCCCUGCGCACCAUGCGGAGUAAAGGCAUCACGGACGAUGACCUCCUUUCCAUCCUCAAGAUUCUCGACCUCGACCACCUCGUAGACAGCUUCUCCAAUGGCUGGGACGCCGAAGCCGAGUGGCGGGAUGUCCUCUCCGGUGGGUUGCAGCAACGCGUCGCCAUGGCCCGCCUCUUCUACAACCGACCUAAAUACGCCAUCCUAGACGAGUGCACGUCCAGCGUUACCCUCGAGAUGGAGAAGGUCAUGUACGAGCAUGCCAAGUCUCUUGACAUCACCCUCAUGACGGUCAGCCACCGCAGGAGUCUGUGGAAGUACCACAGCAAGAUUCUGCAGUUUGACGGGCAGGGAAACUAUAUCUUCACGGGCCUAGAUCCGGAGAGGCGGCUGCAGCUCGAGGAUGAGAAGGAGGAGCUGGAAAUACGGUUGAGGCAGGUGCCGGAGAUCGAAAGGAGGAUCGCUGAGUUGAGCGCUGCGUGA